AUGUUAAACAGUGCAAUAUCACUUAGGCUCCUAAGUAGGUCGAGUAUCUCUCGAUAUACAAGGACGAAACCAGUGAGCUAUGCAUUCAGUCAUUUGUUCGCACAACGACUGUUUUCAACUAUACCUCGCCACUCGUUUCAUCAAUCGAGGAUAAACUUUAACAAACAACAACAGAAUAAAGAAGAAGAUGACCUAGAAAAGACUAGAAAAGAAUACGAAGCCAAGUUGAACAAGAACUCGCAAAAGAAUGAGGAGACAAAGGAGAAUCAAGAUGGAAAAUCAUCAUCAACAGAUGAGGAAGCUAAGGAAAAGAGCAAAGAUAAAGAUGAAGAAGAGCAAAUACGAGAAGAAUUGAAACGGAAGUUUAUGGAGAAACAUCCAGGAGCAGAGCCAAAAGAUUUCAAGAUUUACAAAAUUGAAUGGAAACAAAUCGCCAAUGUGAUGUUUCUCACCACUACUUCGUUAUUGCUCUGGCUUUAUAUAAUCUCGUCAAUGAAGGAUGAAAGAGGCCAACAAGAAUUAUCCAUGCAAAGCUUCAUCACCAACUAUUUGGAAAAGGGAUUGGUUACCAAAAUGACAGUCAUCAACAAAUACGUUGUUGAAGCUCUGUUGAUACCUGGCGCAGUGAGUAGCGCUACGUUUACCAAAUCUGAUGGAUCACCAGCUGUUCUGUUCACUAUCGGAUCCAUAGAAUAUUUUGAAGAUGAGCUCAACAGAGUGCAGGACAGAUUGGAUAUCCCCAUUGGUGAAAGAAUACCAGUAGUUUAUGAGGAAAAAGGGUCUUGGAUGACUUAUAUUUUGCCAAUCUUGCCAACAGUUUUGUUGAUUGGAGGAUUGUAUUAUUUGACAAUGAGACGCAUGCCUGGAGCCGGUGGUGGUGGUGGUGGUGGUGCUGGCGGAGGCGCUGGUGGCCCAGGAGGAUUAUUCAAGAUUGGUAAAUCCAAGGCCAAGUUAUUCAACCAGGAAACGGAUGUUAAAAUCAAGUUCAAGGAUGUUGCCGGAUGCGAUGAGUCAAAGGAGGAGAUUAUGGAGUUUGUCAAGUUUUUGCAAGACCCCAAAAAGUAUGAAAAGUUGGGUGCCAAGAUUCCUCGUGGAGCAAUUUUGUCUGGACCUCCAGGUACCGGUAAGACAUUGUUGGCCAAAGCAACAGCCGGUGAAGCGGGUGUACCAUUCUUGAGUGUGUCCGGUUCGGAAUUUGUUGAAAUGUUUGUGGGUGUUGGUGCUUCUCGUGUACGUGACUUGUUCAAGACUGCAAGAGAUAUGGCUCCGGCAAUCAUCUUCGUUGAUGAAAUCGAUGCUAUUGGAAAAGAAAGAGGUAAUGGACGUAUGGGUGGCAACGAUGAGCGUGAAAAUACUUUGAACCAGUUGUUGGUUGAAAUGGAUGGGUUUGAUACUACUGACCAUGUGGUUGUUUUGGCCGGUACCAAUCGUCCUGAUAUUUUGGACAAGGCUUUGUUGAGACCUGGUAGGUUUGAUAGACAUAUUUCUAUUGAUGUCCCUGAUGUUGAAGGUAGAAAGGAGAUUUUCAAGGUUCAUUUGAACAAGUUGAAAUUACAAGUGGUGGAGGAAAUUGACAUUAAACAAAAGGAAGUCGAUUUUGCCAAGUUUCAACAAUUGAAAAGCAAUGCGCUAGAACAAUUAGCGGGAAGAUUAGCAGCCUUGACUCCAGGUUUUGCUGGUGCUGACAUUGCCAAUUGUGCCAAUGAGGGUGCAUUGAUUGCAGCUAGAGAAAAUGCGACAGCUGUUGAUGUCCACCAUUUUGAACAGGCUAUUGAACGUGUCGUUGCUGGGUUGGAAAAGAAAUCAAGAAUCCUUGCACCUGAUGAGAAAAAGACUGUUGCUUACCAUGAAGCAGGCCAUGCUAUUUGUGGGUGGUUUUUGGAAUAUGCUGAUCCAUUGGUCAAGGUCUCUAUCAUCCCACGUGGACAAGGUGCUUUGGGUUAUGCGCAGUACUUGCCCAAGGAUCAAUACUUGACAUCAGAGGAACAAUUUAAACACAGGAUGAUUAUGACUCUUGGUGGGAGAGUCAGUGAAGAAUUACAUUUCGACACGGUGACUAGUGGUGCUUCCGAUGAUUUCAAAAAGAUUACCCAAAUGGCACAACAAAUGAUUCUCAAUUUGGGUAUGUCUGAUAAGCUUGGUCAAAUCUGUUACGAUACCGGUGACAAUGGCAAUGGGUUCAAAGUGCACAACAACUAUUCAGAAGAAACUGCAAGGUUGAUUGAUGAAGAAGUGAAGCGAUUGAUUGAUGAAGCUUAUGUGGCUUGUCAUAAGUUGUUGAAGGAGAAAAUCGAUUUGGUUGAUCAAGUGGCUGAAGAAUUGUUCAAGAAGGAAGUAUUAACAAGGGAAGAUAUGAUUAGAAUUUGUGGCAAGAGACCGUUUUUGGAAAGAAACGAUGCAUUUGACAAGUAUAUACAAGGUCAAGAUGCAUUUAAAGGUAGACCUAAGGAACCUGGUGAUGUACCUCCAGCUGCACCUGCUUAA